AUGAAGAAAAACAAGUCUUACUCGUUUAUACACGUUCAUCCCACAUCAAAUUUUGCUGCCACGCGAUCUCGUGCCAAUCAUCACUUGAAACAAUGGUACAAAGCAACCAAAGAAGUUGCCAAGGAGCACCGCGAUCGACUGGUCAAUGUUGUUGGAAAGCCAACGCAAUGGCUUCGCAGACAUCCAUCCCAAUUCGACGCUUGUUCCACCAAAAGUGCGCCUUCCAAACUUCAGGGUCGCUCUGUCUCCAUUAACCCUGACAACUUUUCACUCUCGUCUUCGUGUCAAAUCGAUUCUCCAACGCUAUCUUCGUCCAUUAAUUCAUCCAUUUGUUCCACUGACGAAUCCCCGCACGAUCUCGGCAUCGUCACUCUUCCUCCCACACCUCUUUUAACACCGCUUCUCCACAGCCAUGAUUCUUCAACCGUAUAUGCUUCUUCUGUGGUGUCGCUUUCUACUUCGUCACCUACCGUGUCUGAAUAUCCAGCACAGUCUAGCUUGGAUUGUGAAUGCAACCCAAUUUCCAUAUCCACAACGGAUUUAUCCCCCAUUACCGCAACUUUGCCAUCGUCAUUGCCUUGUUCUCCUGUAUCGUUAUCGGACCAUGCAUGCGUUCCUGCGCCUUGCUCACCUCCUUCACCUUCCCCCUCGUCGGCAGCUGUAUCCGCCCGGCCGCACUCGGUGGUCGUCCAGGCUUUGAUUCUAUGUGCCACGGUUCACGAAAUCAUUCAGCAAGUUAUCCUUACCAUGUAUAUACUCGCUUAUAUUGCGUUUUUUACAAUGUUGCUCCAUCUGCUUGUUUCCGUUCCGCUACCGCGGACAACUCCAAUGCAACCCGGUUCUCCUCGCCGAAUUAUCGAUUCCACCGAAUCACAGACUCACAUGGCCCAAAGAGACCCAACGACUAUUGCAACCGUGACCAGCGUGAACCAUGUUGGAAAUCCAAGCCAGAAAACUACCUACUCUACCCAUUUCGUCACAAAUAUUUACGGUAUCCAAUCGCUCCGUCCUGAGAUUCAAGAGUUGUGGAAAACACAUAACUUGAUCCUUCAAAGAACCUACGGUCAACGCAUGCAGCCUUCGAAAAGAGCCACACCCUGUGCACGAACAGUUGCCGUCGAACCUACAGGUCGACAUCCGGCUCUCAUGAAUUUGAUUAAAGAUGUCCUCAAGUACACCAGUACAAACACCAUUUAUUCCAGUCAGUUUAAGCACGUUGCUGAGCAACUGAAUGCUUACAUCGAAACUGUUCCCUCCGAAUUGCAUCGUUAA